AUGGCGGUGCACAUCCCGGCAGUGUUGGCUGUGCUGGUGUACUUCAUCGCCGUAGUGUGCGUGGGAGUGUGGUCGGGCCGCAAGGUGCACGUCGUCAAGGAGGAAGGCGCCAUGUCGGUGGUACGCGAGGACCUGCGACGCAGAAGGCCGCAGCAGCAGCCCAAGCGCUUCCUCCACAGGCUGUUCCUGGCCGACAGAAGCAUGUCGCUGGGACUCGGCAUCAGUACCAUGACAGCCACGUGGGUUGGUGGCGGCUAUCUCAACGGAACUGCCGAGGCUGUCUACACGCACGGCGUAAUCUACUGCCACGUCCCAAUCGGUUAUGCCAUCAGCCUUAUUCUAGGCGGCUGCUUCUUCGCGCAAAAGAUUCGCAUGACGAACGCGGUCACCAUGCUGGACCCGUUCCAGGAGCAGUACGGCCGCUGGAUGGGGCUCCUCCUCUGCCUGCCCGCCGUGUGCGGCGAGAUAUUCUGGACGGCCGCCAUGUUGUCCGCACUGGGAGACACGGCGGGAGCGAUGAUGGAUGUGGACUCGAAGCUCUUCAUCGUCAUCGCCGCCACGACCAUAUUCUUCUACACGGCUCUCGGAGGCCAGUACUCGGUCGCCUACACUGACGUCUUCCAGUUAUGCAUCACGAUCGUAUUCAUGUGGAUUUGCGUACCGUACGUCAUGAAAGGCCGCGCUGUGGGAACCGUGAGAGGUCCCGAGACCGACUGGAUCGGCAAGGUCUCGCUCUCAAAAGCGGGCCAGCUGCUCGACGACUUUCUCAUGACCGCCCUCGGAGGCAUACCGUGGCAGGUAUAUUUCCAGUGCGUACUGGGUUCCAACAGCGACUUCGCCGCUGAGAUGCUGUCUUACGUGGCUGCUUUAGGCUGCGUCUUUAUGGCCGUUCCACCGAUGGUCAUCGGAGCAACGGCUAAGACCACUAAUUUCACGGCUGCGGGCUACCCGGGCCCUUGGCAGCUCACCAAUCGGGCUACCGUGUUGCCGCAGACCAUACGCUUCGUGACGCCGGCCUUGAUCUCCAUCCUGGGCAUGUUGGCGAUCAUCUCCGCGGUCAUGUCAUCCGCCGACUCGUCCAUGUUCAGCGCUUCCACCAUGCUCACCAAGAACGUCUACCACGAGCUGCUACGGCCGAACGCGUCCGAGGGGGAGGUGGCCAUAACGCUGCGCGUCGUGGUGUGCCUGUUCGGCGCCGCAGCCACCUACCUGGCGCUGUCGGUGGAAUCGGUGUUCGGGCUGUGGACGCUGUGUUCGGACGUGGUGUACGUGCUGCUCUUCCCACAGCUCGUGGGCGUCUUCUACAUCAAGGACACCAACACCUACGGCUCCAUCAUAGCGUUCGUGCUGGGCGCCUUCGUGCGCUGGCUGUGCGGCGAGCCUUCGUUGAACCUGUCGGCGUCGCUGCACCUGUCAUUGACCGGUCGCGAGAGAGAAGAGUGGUUUCCUUUCCGGCUGGCAUGCAUGGCGAUAUGUUCCUGGCACUGA